AUGUUAAGAACCUCAGUUAAAUUACCUAAAACAAAAGGUAUUAGAACUAUUUAUACUCCUACUUUCGAGCAGGAUAUUAAUAUUACCAAGAAUGGGAAAGUUAAUGUAUCUAUUGGAGCUGGAGGUCGUUCAUCAAGAACCGGUUACGUCGCAACUGUUUUCGGUGCCAGUGGAUUUUUAGGUAGAUAUUUAACCUCAAAAUUAGCUAGACAUGGUACUAUUACUAUGGUCCCUUAUAGAAAUGAUAUGAAAAAAAGAUUUUUAAAAGUCACUGGGGAUUUAGGAGUGGUGAAUUUUGUUGAAUGGGAUCCAAGAAAUAUCGAAUCAAUUCAAGAAUCAGUAGCUCAUUCUGAUAUAGUUUUCAAUUGUGUUGGAGCUGAUUAUAAUACUAAAAAUUUUUCCAUGGCUGAUGUUAAUGUCGGUAUAACUGAAAGAAUUGUCAAUGCUGUUAAAGAAGCUGGUAAUUCAAGAUUUAUUCAUGUUUCUUCAUAUAAUGCCAAUCCUAAUUCUCAAUCAAUCUUUUAUGCUACUAAAGGUAUUGGUGAACAAAUCGUAAGAGAAAACUUACCUGAAGCAACUAUUGUAAGACCUUCUCAAAUGUAUGGACGUGAAGAUAACUUAUUAAAUUAUUUAGGUCCAAAAUUGAAAAUGUGGACUCCAAAUAAAAAUGCUAAACAAAUUUAUCCAGUUCAUGUUUUAGAUGUUGCUAAUGCCUUAGAAAAAAUUGGUUAUGAUGAUUCAACUAUUGGUGAAACUUACGAAUUAUAUGGUCCAGAUAAAUUAUCCUACAGAGAAAUCAGAGAAAUGAUUCAUGGUAUCACUCAAGAUUUCUCUCAAGUUGGUCCAUUCUCUUAUAAAUUUGCUGAUUAUGAAUUACCUUUACCUUUACUUAAAUUGGUUGCUGAUAUCAAACAAUUACCUUAUUGGAAAUUAACUAAUAGUGAUCAAGUUCAAAGACAUGUGAUUGAUCAAGUAAUUGAUACCAAUGCUAAAACUUUCAUAGAUUUAGGUAUUACUGAUACUACACAAUUAGCUGAUGUUUUAUUCACUUAUGUUAAACAUUGGAGACAUCCAUUAAUUGCUGAACAAGGGGUUUCCUCUUCUUCAAGUGCUAAAGAAGCCAAAAAAUUACGUGGAAUUGAACAUUUCACUUAA